GGACGUGUAGUAAAGCUUCGUCAGAGCGACGCUGCCACUAACGGGCCAGAAUUCACGUAGAAAGUGUAUAUAAGGUGCAUCUGAAUUAUUUCGACCAUUCUCGCUGCGCCCUCAGAAUGUCGAAGAGCAGAGAAAGUUGCACAUAGGCACCGACAAUAUUCUGACCGUCAAUUUUUAGAUGUUUUUUGAACUUCGACCAUCUGACCGGAGCAAGAAUUUGAAUUGUAAUAAUGAUAACGUACACUUUGAUCCUGUUUCUCGUGUCUCUGCUACACGUGACAAUAUCAACAAAUGUCAAGAUCAACUUCAGGGAGAAGGAGAAAGAAGUACUCGAUCAAAUUCUUGGACCGGGAAGAUAUGAUGCUCGAAUAAGACCGGCUGGCGCAAAUGGAACAGGACACAUAGGAGACGGGCCUGCCUUAGUUCACAUCAACUUCUUUCUCCGGUCUAUCAGCAAAAUAGACGAUUAUAAAAUGGAAUAUAGUGUUCAACUUACGUUUAGAGAACAAUGGCAGGAUGAGAGAUUAAAAUUCAACGAUUUUGGUGGACGUUUGAAAUACUUGACCUUAACUGAAGCAAACAGGGUAUGGAUGCCAGAUCUUUUUUUCUCAAACGAAAAGGAGGGACAUUUUCACAAUAUUAUCAUGCCCAAUGUUUAUAUUCGAAUUCAUCCUCAAGGUUCCGUUUUGUACAGUAUAAGAAUAUCCUUAACGUUGUCAUGCCCAAUGAACCUCAAAUUGUAUCCACUGGAUCGACAAAUUUGCUCACUUAGAAUGGCUAGCUACGGUUGGACGACAGAUGAUCUCGUUUUCCUAUGGAAAGAAGGGGAUCCUGUACAGGUUGUGAAAAAUUUACACCUACCACGCUUCACUUUGGAGAAAUUUCUCACUGAUUACUGUAACAGUAAAACGAAUACAGGGGAAUAUAGUUGCUUAAAGGUGGACCUCUUGUUUAAGAGAGAGUUCAGUUAUUACCUUAUACAAAUCUACAUACCGUGUUGUAUGCUUGUCAUUGUCUCAUGGGUGUCUUUCUGGUUGGACCAAGGCGCUGUACCAGCAAGAGUUUCAUUAGGUGUGACAACUCUACUAACAAUGGCCACGCAAACUUCUGGCAUCAACGCUUCUCUUCCACCAGUGUCCUACACGAAAGCCAUUGACGUAUGGACAGGAGUUUGCUUGACUUUUGUGUUUGGGGCGUUACUUGAAUUUGCACUUGUCAACUACGCAUCCAGAUCUGACAUGCACAGGGAAAACAUGAAGAAACAAAGAAUGCAGUGCGAGAUGGAACAUGGAGCAUCAUUGGAUGCUACCUCCGAUUUUAUAGAUACUGAAAGUAACGCCACAUUUGCAAUGGUAAAGUUGAAACCACUGGUACACCAUCCAGGAGAUCCGAUGAGUCUUGAAAAGGUGCGACAAUGCGAAAUACACAUGCAACCAGAGAGACCAAAUUGCUGCAGAUCCUGGCUAUCCAAAUUUCCAACAAGAUCCAAACGCAUCGACGUCAUAUCCAGAAUCACCUUUCCAUUGGUCUUCGCAUUAUUCAAUGUCAUCUACUGGUCCACCUACCUCUUUCGUGAAGAAGCUGAGGAAUCCUAAGUUCCUUAACCAGAUACUGGUUAUGAUUUCCUAACGGUUGGUACUGCUGCUACCGGUUUUUGUUCGAUUUUUUUCCAUACGUUAGGAACACAAAAUAAAGAUUGACGAAUAAGAAUAUUGUUAUUUUCUUAUUCUGUAUUCGCACAUUCAAAUGUGAUAUUUCAUUAUAUACCUUAUGGCUGUAUUAUCAUAUUUUAUGUCGAUGCAGAAAAUUUCUAUUUAUCAAUUUGAUGUAAAUUUCUGUUCCAGCAUUUUCGAGUAUUUUAUGAAAUUUUUUUGAUAUUGUUAUAUCGACAAUUUUUCAGAGUUUUUUGUGUAGAUUCGUAGUUCUUUUUUCAUUGAUUCUUUUUGGGAAUGUAUUCCCAAGUUAAUUGCAUAUGUAUGUAUAUAACACUUCCAGAAGAAGAUUUUAUAACCGUGAUCCAAAAAUAGAACUUAGUUUUUCAUAGGAUUUAAGUCUCGCCAUAAUAGAAUCUUUGACAGCCUGAAAAAUAUUCUCUCAUUUUUGAUGGGAUGAGACUUCCAAAAAUUAAAAAUUAAUUAAAAAAUUUUUUUUUUCUGUAAUCGAAAAAAAUUUUGUUGACGAAUACUUUUACUCAUACCUGUAAUGUGAGAAAAAGAGAUUUUUUAACGAAGUUUGAACCAAAUUACUAGAAAAAAUAGCAUUUUUUUUUAUUACCGAUACGAAUGUUCAUACCUUAUACAGGGUGUUGCUGAAUUGGGGGUAACAAGGAAAUUAAGAUAUUGUUUGGAUAAUUUUGAGACAAAAAGUCCUAUAAACAUGCUUUGUGUGCUGUGUGUCGUUUUUGUGAUGCGUAUAUCAAUUUAUCGUAUAUUUAAUAAUCUUCGUUAGAGAUUGGGUAAAUAAGUACCAUAAUCAAUAAUUACUUUAUUCAUCGCAGUUUACUAACUGGAUCUUUAUGAAAGGUUUAGAUCUCUGAUAACUGCAGUAUUCAAAUUUUGUGACAAAAAAACGAAAAAAUCGGGCAAGUGUAUACCGAUGACGAAUGCAAAAAUUACAGAUGGCAAAACAAGGGGCAACGCCGAAGAAGCGGAUAUACCUAUAAAAGAAAAUAAUAAACCUCGGAUAAAGACGAGCUCGUAGUGCAAUAAAAGUAAUCAUCUUGAAAAAUAAAAGGGUAAAAGGGUCCGAUUUUUUAAUGCCGUGUCUAGUUCAAAGAAAAGUUAAAUGAUCAUUCGUUUAUUUCAUGAAAAAAUUUUCAUUCUUCGUCUUUGCGAGAGUUCUGAAAUUUCAAAUUUCAAAAAUCUUGGGGGGAGGGUAAUUACCCCUAGUACCCCACCAUUUAUGCGCCCUUGGAACUUACUAUGAAGUCAAUUCGUUCCUAUCCGUUUAGUGUUUUGCUGAUAAUUUCGAAAUUCUCUACAAUAAAAUGGGCAAUUUAUUUCGAUAGUCCGAAUAAAUCAAUUUUUCCUAUGAAUUUCCGUGUGACGUCACCAAUUGCGAUCACUGAAUAAUCUGUCAAAUAAACUAUCGUUGUGGAUGUAACGUAUAAAUUUUCAUUAGACGUAAUCUAUUUUUGGAUCACUAUUUUACGUUUUUAAAGAUUUCAACGUCGUUGAAAUGUUCAGAUAUUAUCGUUGAAAAGUCAACUCAGUAUCACAUAGAUUAUUCUACAAGUGAUUGCUGACAUAAUCCCUCAACAAUUAUAUACCUGAUCUUUUCAAGAUCUAAAAAACGAAACUAUUAAUGUUUCUCCACACAUACCUACUAUGAGUGGAAGAUGUAAAUUCCAGAAGCCCAUCUAAGAAAUGUAAUUUUCAAUUUCACUGUGUAGGCUUAUUUAGAGAUUGUGUUCAUAGCAUGUUAUUAAUUUCAUUAAGAAUAAAAGAUGCGGUCCAUACCUAUAGGUUGUUCCGAAAAUAUACUUUCCAUUCGCUUGUAAUUAUAGUAAACCUCCUAAAGUUUACUUGAAAAAAAAAACAAAAAAUAAUGAUCUUCAGCUGGUGGUUCAGGAUCUGCACAUUUUUGGAGCAUCUUUUGUACAAUAUCUACUUGUUCAUUAAAAAAUAUUAUUAAUUUACAAAAUAUUUCCUGAAUUUUGGAGUGUAUCUGUUUUACAAAGUCGUGAAAUAUUCUCUUCAUAACUGUGUGAUAUAAUUUGAAACUCUACACUAUAUUUUAUAAGAGUUCUGUGUCUUAUUAACAUGAAAUUAAGGCUUCUGCGAAAAUUCUACUGAGUCUUGAUUCAGGUAAAAAAAAAUUUUUCAAAGGUAUACUACCUCCCCUACUCUUCGUGUACCCUCUAUUUUCUAGGAGGUUCUUUAAGUUGAAAGAUAACAGUCGAUCUUCCAAGAAAUGAAUGAAAAUAUCGUCAAAUAUCCAUGAGAAAUAAUAAAGUCUCGCUAUCAAAAAAACACAAUCAGCAGACGUUGAUAAACUGCAAUUGUCCAAAUGGUGUUCAAUCGUGAAUUUCAUUCACCCACGAAUUCAUUAGAGUGAUUUAAAAGCAAUCAAUUACAUUUAUAUCAAAAUUCAUGAAAUUUGCAGAGGUUCCUCUUUCAUAUCAGUGCCUAUAUAUGAAUAAUUGAUUCAUUUAUUCACGCAAGUUUUAUCAUAAUUUGUGUUAUGAGGCCUCUGUUACUGCAAUAACCAUUAGCUUGCAGAUAUCAUUUGAUGUUGAAAACUUUUGGUUACGUUUUGCUGUCUCGCCAUCAGUUUUAGAUAAUGAUAUCAAGUUUUGAUGUGAUUCCGACAUGUAAGUAAUUAGGAGAAAAUAUAAGAUCAUUUAAUUCCAGAUAUUAAGAUUUCUGUAUAGUGCACAAAUUCGCUGAAAAUCAUUGAAGAAGAAAUCAAAAAUAAGUAGGAACUGUAACGAAUAAUCAGAUUGAGCACGAGGAAGUUUUCUCCUCCAAUGAAUUCACUAGAUUCUAGAGAUGAGUACUUGUUUUUAGGGUGAUAUACAUCAUAACAUCAAAAUUUUUUUUUAUUAAUUAGACGAAUACUUACAAAAUGUUGUUAUUGAUCAUCGUUAUUUUUAAGAACAAAUUGAGUCUGAAUCACCUUUGUAUAUUCUAGAAAUUAAUAAAAUUAAUUUGAUUGAGUUUCGAGACAUUUUUUUGAAUUAAAUUACCUAAUCUAUUUAGCUAUAGAAUGUUCUUUUAUGUAUUUCUUCUUUUUAAUGUUUUCUGUACCUACCAUGCCCCUCUGGUGAGACCUUACAGAGGCUCAGAACUACUCCAUAUUAGAAGAACAGUCGUGGUCUAUGCGAAUAAUGUGCCCUUCGGCCAUAGUUGACACAGCAAUAAUUUACAGUCAAUUAUCUUUGACUUUUACUCAUUAGUAGAAGCGCUGCCGUCCAGCAUAAUUAUAAGAUUUUAAAACUAGGCCUAUUGCAAAAAUGUAGGUACAAAAAACAUUACAAGAACUCAGGUUAUAUUAUUAUUAUUAUUAUAUUAUAAAACGUACUUAUGUUAUCACAAGUAGUCAUUAGAAGCAGCUAAGGAGUCUAUUACAAAAAAAAACUACCAAUAACAUUAGAAUAAGUUAGGUUACUGAUAUAAAGUAUUUUGUAAUAAUUUAUAAAUUUGCCUUUCAGACCAAAGGAUGAAUGGUUUCUACUCAAGCAAAAUCUAUAUAAAAUAAAAUUAGUUUAAUACAAACAGCCAAUUGAAAUUUAAUGUUUUGUGCUACUGAUUAAAUCUAAGUUUUCAGUCAAGAUUGAUUGGCCAUAUAUAAUUAUCACCAGAAUGCCUGAAACUAUUCAUCUUUUUGUUAUGUAUUCACUUCCAAAAUCAAUUGUUAAGAUAACACUGUAGUUUUAAAGUUGUGUUCUUAAUAGUAUAUUUUUAUUUCAAUGUGUAUAUUUGAUUAUUAAAUGACAGUCAAUUGA